AUAUGACUUACGCCUCGACGAGCAGAUGCCGGGGAGGCUCUACACGAAACAGUUUGAAGUAGAAAGGUUGAGAGCAGGCAUCCACUGUGGUGUGCGGUCCUUGAUCACAACACCGUCCAAACCAUCGCCCAGAGCUCGGGGCUGUCACUUGCAGAUUUCUAUAAGACUACUCCACAUAUCGAAAGGAAGCCCAGAUCUGAGCUAGUAGAUUGAUACCAUGGUGACACCGUCAACUUCAGAAGGCGCUAAACCGCGAGGCAAGGGGGUCUUGUUUGGCUACCCAAUCGCGCACUCGAUGUCGCCGCUGAUGCACAACACCGUGUUCAGCAAUCUGAACAUACCUUGGGACUUUGAUUUUCUAGAGAGCACGGACAUCGCAGAGUUUCUGCGCGUCCUGAAGAGCCCAGAAUGCUACGGCUGUGCGGUGACGAUGCCUCACAAGGUGGCGAUACUGCCCUAUCUUGACGAUUUGACGCCAGAGGGUCGAGAUUGCGGAGCUGUCAACACCGUCCUGAUUCAGAAGAACCCGGAUGGCAGCCGCAAGUACGUUGGCCACAACACCGACGUCGUCGGCAUCCGGGAGUCGUUCUACCAAAACGUCAAGGAGCCCGAGAAGGUGUUCCACAACAAGCCGGGAAUGGUUGUUGGAGGCGGUGGCGCCGCCCGCUCUGCCGUCUACAGCCUGCGGCGUAUGAUGCAGUGCAAGCCAGUCUACCUCGUAAACAGGGACAAGGGCGAGGUGGACGCGGUGAUCGCCGAGUGCAAGUCAAAAGGCUACGGCCAGAAUCUCAUCCACGUCGAGACGGUCGAGGAGGCCGAGAGGCUGGCGACGCCCGGAGCCAUCGUCGCCUGCGUGCCGGACUUCCCGCCCAAGACGGAGAACGAGAAGCAGGCGAGGGCCGUCCUGGAGACGUUCUUGAACAGGGCCGAGAAGGGAGCCAUGCUGGAAAUGUGCUACCACCCCAGCCCGUGGACGGAGAUUGGGGGCAUCGCUGAGAAAGCUGGGUGGCAGGUCAUUCUGGGCACGGAGGCAAUGAUCUAUCAGGGUCUCGAGCAGGACAAGUUGUGGACGGGCAAGACGCUCGACGAGUUGCCCAAGGAAAAAGUCAAACGCGUGAUUGCGGCGAAGCUUGGACAGCCGCAUCUAUAACGGCCGUGAAAAGAAAAGAAUGUACGAUACAUGAGAAUUGCAGGUUUGCGGGCUAGUUUUACUUUUAGACACGAAAAUUCUUGCCAAAGCGGCAUGAAAUGAGGAGAGAACCAAAAAAAAAGGAGUCAGUGGCAGAGGAAAGCUUGUACAUAGCAAAACCGCCAGAAAUCUUGAUAUCCUCUAUCUAUGGAACUUGAACAAUGUCUUUGAUGAACA